AUGGCGGAUUCAGGAAAAAGAGCCAUGCCCGAUUCCUCGUCCAAUCAAUCUUCCAAACGAAGAAAGGGAGGCGGCAAUUGGCAGAAAGGCAAAGGAGCGAUUAUCGAGAGCGGUGAUUGUGGCGUGUUCGUAACGUGUGACAAGGGCAAAGAAGGGAAAUGUAUCCCCGAAGCCGUGGAUCUGUUCACCCAGGUUAGUUCCGACUGUUUCGGGAUUCUCAUGCAUUUCUCUGACGCGUCCGGUCGAUCAGAGUGUCGAACAGUCCGACGAUGGAGUGAAGGAUGCCGACUCCGGUUCCGACGAAGAUGA